AUAAAGAAACCAUCGGAGGUAUAGGGCGUUCCGUAUACUCAGUCGGGCUUCUCUGCCACUUCAUCCUCUCUCCCGGCGACUCUCCGGCGAGUUCGCCGAUCAGAUUCAUACACCUCGAUCACCACCUCUAUCGCCUUUUCUUCUUUUCAAUCCCUUCAAAAGAUGGAUGAUGUUUCUCUCAAUAGUGAACCUGUGUAUGAUGACGAAGCCGAUGAAUUCGAGAUUGAAGGGGAUUGUGGAAUGACAGAAUAUAUUCGUCAAGGCGGGGUAAUUCAAGGAGAAAAUCCUAUUCCUCCAUCUGUGGGGAUGGAAUUUGAAUCCUAUGAGGAUGUUUAUUACUUCUACAAUUGUUAUGCUAAAGAGCAAGGAUUUGGAGUAAGAGUAAGCAAUACAUGGUAUAGAAAGAGUAAAGAAAGAUACAGAGGAAAGUUAAGCUGUAGCAGCGCAGGUUUCAAAAAGAAAAGUGAGGCAAACCGGCCCAGACCAGAGACAAGAACGGGUUGUCCGGCAAUGGUAAAGUUCAGGUUGAUGGACAACAAAAGGUGGAGGAUAAUCGAAGUCGAGCUCGAGCACAACCACCUUAUUAGUCCCAAAAGUGGAAAGUUCUAUAAAUCCCAUAAAAAUUUGGGUGCUGGAACAAAACGACCACAGCCGUUAGUUGGUGCCGAAGAAGCUCACAAAGUUAGAUUGUUUCGAACAGUCAUCAUUGAUACGGAGGAUAUUGGGAACUUAUAUGUUGAUGAUGGAGAAUUUGGGAAUACAAUUGAUCAGUCCAAUCAAUUGAAGCUUAAACAAGGAGAUGCACAAGCUAUUUAUAAUUCAUUUUGUCAUUUGCAAUUGAUGAGUCCAAACUUUUUUUAUGUAAUGGAUCUCAAUGAGAAAGGAUAUAUGCGGAACCUGUUUUGGGCCGAUGCACGGUGCAGGGCUGCAUAUGGGUAUUUUGGUGAUGUAGUUUCAAUUGACACGACAUGCUUGACAGACAAAUUUGAAGUGCCAUUGGUGGUAUUUACUGGAGUAAAUCACCACGGACAACCUGUGCUCUUAGGUUGUGGUUUACUUGCAAGUGAGACAGUAGAGUCAUUUACAUGGCUGUUUAGGGCUUGGCUUACAUAUAUGUUGGGACGGCCUCCACAAGCUAUCAUUACUGACCAACACAAAUCGUUACAAGCCGCUCUUUCUGACGUUUUUCCUCGAGCUUCCCAAUGUCUUUGUUUAUGGCAUAUCAUGAAAAAAGUUCCCGAGAAACUGGGAGGUUUGAAUGGGUAUGAAGCGAUUAUGGUGGCUUUAAUUAGAGCAGUUUACCAUUCUUUCAGGGCAGAUGAGUUUGAAGCAGCUUGGGAGGAUAUGAUUCUGCGGCAUGAAAUUGGGGAUCAUAAAUGGCUUCAAGCAUUGUAUGAAGAUCGUAAAAGGUGGGUACCAGUAUAUUUGAAGGAGACAUUUUUGGCGGGAAUGUUUCCGAUAAAGCCAAGUGAGGGAGUGACUUCAUUUUUUGAGGGAUUUUUACAUAAACAUACUCCUUUGAAAGAUUUUCUCAGUAAAUACGAUCAAGUUCUACAGAAAAUUCAUCAAGAAGAAGCCUCGGCAGAUUUGGUGUCAAGAACUUCAAUAUCCGCAUUAAAAACAAGAUUUUAUUUCGAGUUGCAGCUCUCAAAGCUGUACACAAAUAGCAUAUUUAAGAAGUUUCAGAGUGAAGUGGAGGGAUUGUACUCUUGUUUUAGUACAAGACAAGUAAGCAUUGAUGGGUCGAUCAUUACAUACAUAGUCAAAGAGCAUACAGAAAUCACAGAAAAUGGGAGGGAAACAAGAGAUUAUGAAGUUAUGUACAAUACAUCUGAAGCAGAGGUUCUUUGUGCAUGUGGGUUAUUCAACUUUCAAGGAUACUUAUGCAGACAUGCACUGAACAUUCUAAACCAGAAUGGCAUUGAGGAGAUACCUCCUCAAUACAUUCUUUCGAGGUGGAGAAAGGACAUUCGACGUAACUUUGUUCUUGAUCAUGGGUGCAAUGGAAUUGAUGUUAUGAACCCCGUUCACAGGUUUGAUCGUUUGUACAAAUGUGGGGUCCAGGUUGUGGAGGAAGGGAGGAAGUCGGAAGAUUGUUUCAAGUUUGUGUUACAAGCGUUGGAUGAGAUAUUGAACAAGGUUCGUAUUGCAGAGGAUCUUGUGUAAUUUGUAGUUUUGCAGAAUCCAAUGUGUUGUUACUGCUUUGUACAUAUAAUGUGAUCUCUCUUUCUGGUGUACCUGAUUUUGCUUGUAUACAAGAAAUUUUUCUUGUGUG